GUACUACUCGUGCAUGCAGCUGGUGUAGCACACGCCUGGGACAUUUGUAGCCUUUCCGUCCGAGUUCAUCUGGCCUGGUUCCCGUCCACACUGGUGUCUGUUCAUGCAGGACCGCUCCCACAGGGCAUGCCAAAGGCCUUCGUCCAGCUACAUCUGCAGCUUCGAGUUUGGGACGUGGCGCUACUGCAUCUCGCGCAUAUUCUGAUGCUCGCCCUGCAGCUGCCAUCUUGGAAUCUAUGCUGGAGUGGGCGCUGUGCUAACCGGUGAGACCCAAAAGUGUCCAGGGUAGCAGAUCUGAUACUGGGGAACCGCUGUCAUCCGAAAUCUCAGCCUGUGUCCGAAAUCCUUCUCUGCCAGUGACGUCUGACUGAUUUCCCGCUUCACUGCAGCUUAGACGCCCCGUCCGCAACUACAAUGUACAUGGUAUAAUGUGCACUUCCGCCUGAGGCAGCCUCCCUCCGCCUACGCAGGGCACUCGCACCGAGGGGACGUUAACACCCACUUCCACCUUUUGGGGGCCGAAGAAGGCCUCGGGCUCCGCUUGACCUCUGGCCUUUUGCUACGCGGAACUAAUAGGCCCCAGAGUCCAUUGUCACCGUAGCCAAAACACGGUUCCAGUUGUCGACAUCGUCCACCUCACGACACAUCCUACACUAUUGUUAACCCUUUGAUUUUCAAUUUCCAGCCGGUUGCCCAAAACAGAAAAAUGGCGAAAGACAAAGAAAGGACUCUCAACCCGGCGCAGCAACAGCGCAAACUCGAGAAAGCGAGACAACUGAAAAAGAGUCGGGCGGAACUGCAGGCCAGACGCAACGAGAAAAUGGCGCGCCGCAACCCAGACCGCAUCCAGCGACAAAUUGCGGACCUCAAAGCCCUGGAAGCCUCGGGCGACAUCAAACCGCGCGAGAAAGCCAUCCUAGAAGAGCUCGAGCGAGAUCUGCGAGCCGUGCUCAAGGCAAGAGAAGCCCUGGGCGACAAAGCACCCAAGUUUUCAAGUGGCAGCAGCGGUCCACAGCAGCGGCGACAAAGAGACGGAUCCGAUAACAAUGUCUUGGGUAAACGACGGUAUGAUGGCGAACGCAAGCGUCCCGAAUCCUCCUCGGGAAGCGACACAGACGAGUCCGUCCGCAGGAUACCCAUGCCGGAGGAUACGCCGCCUCCUAUACCACGCGAGUUUAGACGGGAUCUCCGCGCCCGUCAUGCUGAUCAGCAAGAAACAUCAACACCUGCAACAGCAAAACAAGAAGGAGGACAAGACACCAACACCCGCAAAGUUGCCGCCGCCCCGGUGGUCAAAACCACAUAUGAGAGCGCACCACAGAUUAGAGACCUUCGAAAGGAGGCCGUUGGUCGCUUCGUGCCGAGUGUGGUUCGCAAAAAGCUCGAGGCGGCCAAAGGCGGCGGCCUGGGCCGGCUGGUCGAGCCCGAAGAGAUGGAUCGUCUCGAGGCCGAGGGAUAUGCACACGCACAGGCACGGACAGGUCGAAACGCCCAAACCGACCCAGGUCCUGGUCCAAGUGCAGGUCCUGCUACGGGAAUAGAUGAUGCCAGGCUGGCAGAGGAAGAAGAGCGCUUCCUUUGCGAGUUGGGCAUGCAGGAUGGCAACGAAGAGACCGCAAACGAAGAUGAUGGCCCCAAAGGCGUUGUUGCCGGCCCAUCUGGCCCCGAGCCGCAAAUACCAAGCAGACAUGUCGAAAUUGAAGAAGUAGAGGAUGAAGAAGCAUGAUAUCAAUAUGAUGUGGACAGAACCUAAAAAGAAGCAAACGGGACGCCUUUGCGUAUCUCACGCCUGGCCUGGUCGUCUAAACAAUCAACAAAGAAGCCAUGAUCGGCUCGUAAUUCUUCAAAUCCAAUCGAUUUGCUAGAGAAUUACCCUAAGCCUCUCUAACUCGGGAAAUCCAUUUUUGGACGAGAAACCUGUACCCAAUAACGCCAGAACUCACAGCCCAAUGAACUCGCUCAAAUUCAUUUGCUCAGAUGCCGCAAGCUUCCUUUGCCGCACGGGAAACAAAAAACACAGACACCCUCUCCCUGGUAAUAGGCCUCAUGACAAAUAUGCUCUAGCCUGGUAAGCCGAGGAGCCUCCAUGAAUCCUCAACAGGGGACACUCAGCCGCGAAGCCUUUCAAGUUCGAUAUCCUCUGCCACUAUUGAUGCAAGGGCAAAAGGGCAACAGCUGUUCUCCAGAUGUACAUAAACACAUAACCUCAUCAAUUCGUUCCUAAUGAGCUGUUGCGUUCUUCAUCGCAUUCCGCGGAACGUUCUCGUGUCUCGUUUGAGGAAGGGACUUGGUAGGUCGUCUCCCAGGACGUCGGGAUCCCACACAGGAACAGGAGGAAGCUCUUUGUCACUUGAUCGCCGGCCUGGGACAUUCUUCACUCCCGAGUCGACGUAGACACCGGAGUCGGCACUCAUUGGUCGGCCACCAGCUCGAGCUUGUGCCAGUUCUACCAAUGUGCGCCCGCCAACCCCGUUGCUCGCCACAGGCUCCCGACCAGCGGCCAAUUUACUAGGGAGUCUGCCGCCAGUGGUUGCCACACGCCUCAAGGGGCUAGUGCUGCCAUCAUCUGAUGUGUUACGAUCUCUCAGGUCGGUCCGGCUUGGUAUCUUACUGAGGCGUCGGCUUGGGCUCGAAGGCUUCCCUGUUGCGGGUCUGAUGUCGCUCUCUGCCGCAGUCCGCCGGGCUGCCGAGAUACCUGCCCUUAAUUGUGCAGCAGCCGCGCUGGAAGGAAACAGCGUUGGCUUAGCCGUCAGCUUCUGCAUGGUGGCUGUGGUGUUCUGUCGCAACAACCCUGGUCUGCUUUUCGAAGGCAACGGGUGCGGCUGUUUGAAAGGAUCACUGCUCAGAACGUUGGAUUUGGGUCUAGUGGGACUGGGAAGUGUUGGGAAGCCGUCGUCAUCCGAGUCUUCUCCAAGUCCGUCGUGCUCGCCGUCGUCGGAAGAGUACGCGAGCUGAGGCUCCCAUCGUGCCUUCUUACGCUCUGCCUCGGUGAAGAUGUUCUUUGCACCUGUGGCCGUCACCGUAGGAUUCGCAGUAGCUUGGGCCGCAGCAUUUCUGCGCGGUGAGAGCGCAAGAGAUGAGAUGGACAUGGGAGACGGUUCUGUCAUUUGGAUGUCCAUCGGCGAGUCCACCGUAGUUUUGGAGCGAGCAAAAGGUGUCUUUGUCCUCUUUGCUGGCCCACGCUUCGUCGUGGAGGUGGCCGGAGAGUUCAAUGAAAGGUCCGAUAGGUCGGUAAUAUCGGUAGUUGAUGGAAAGUCCUCCUCUCCGGCGGUAUUGACAGACGAGUGGGGAUCAAGAUUCUCCUUGUUGAACCCAGGGCCAGGCGCAAGGUGGUUCUCUCUGAGCGCUCUCAUGUCGGCGUUGUGGGUAUGCUUGGAUAGAGCUUGAGCGACGCGUUCAUCAACUUCCUUUUCGAACCUCUUGCGCAGGUUCUCCAGUUCCAUUUGGACCUGCCGGUCGAUCUCCAGUCGUGCUUUGACCUCCCAUUCGCGUCGAAGUUGAGCAUCAAUCUCCGUCCUCAUCACAGCGCGGUCCGCCUCUAGUGCCGAAAGUCUUUCCUCGGCUUGCUUCAGUUUCUGCUCUGCCACCUCUUCCCGUGUCUUCAGCACUUUGCCGAUACUCACCAUCUCCUGCUGCCGUCGGGCAAUCCAUACAUAAGGGACUGUCAGCAGCGAGAUAGUAUCGGGACGGUGCAUGGGAUUGGUCUUCAGACAGCUAGCAAUGACAUUUGCCAGAUCUUUGGAGUAGAUGCUCGGUAUCGGCUUGAACUCUCCCUUUCGGAUUCGUUGCACAAGCUGCAGAUGAGAAUUUGCGUUGAAGGGCGGUUCCUUGGUGCAUAACUCAUACAUGAUGCAACCCAAUGACCAGAUGUCGGAAUACAGGGUGUAUUUCUCUGCUGCACAGAUCUCGGGUGACAUGUAGAAUGGAGUGCCGACGUAAGUGGAGGCGAAGUCAUGAGACUGCAUCAGCUUGGACAGGCCAAAGUCACCUAGUUUGACGGACUGAUCUUCACCCAAGAAGAUGUUCUCUGGUUUGAGAUCACGGUGCAGAAUCAUCUUGCCUUUUGCCGGUGGACGUACUUCCUUCUGUCGAGACAGGUCAUCCCCCGGCUCCGGUGGGUCGACCCCGUAAUGACAGCGGUAUAAAGCGGUAACCAGUUGACUGAAUAUUCUCCAGACGAACUCUUCCUUGGCGU